UGUGUGUGUGUGUGUGUGUGUCUUUGGAUGAAAAGGGUUUUUUUUUAUCUUUUCUUAUGAGCAUUUUCCCAAUGAUUCCUUCAAUUUCCAAAAUCAGGUGACAGUCAUCAGACAGGACCAAGUUUUAACUUUAGAAACCCCGGUUUGAAUAGCAGUGAGAAAACCACAAGAGGAUCCCAGACCUUGAACGGCUCCCCAGCUCCAGAAUCAAUCCCUCCUGCUGAGGGCCAGGCCAGCAAGGAGGCUGAGGAUGGUGGGAUGCCACUGAACAAGGGCCCUCAGCUGCUCUGUCAGCACGUCCAGGCUUUGCUUAUCAAGAGGUUCUACCGUGCUGUCCGGAGCCACAAAGACUUCCUUGCUCAGAUUGUGCUCCCUGCCGGCUUUGUGUGUGUGGCGUUGCUGCUUGCCAUCAGCAUCCCCCCCUUUGGAGAAUAUCCCGCCUUGCGGCUUCACCCCUGGAUUUACGGGCAGCAGUACACCUUCUUCAGCUCUGAACAGCCGGACAACGAGCAGCUGUCCACCCUUACUGAAGUCCUCCUGAACAAACCGGGGUUUGGGAACCGCUGCCUGAGAGACGCGUCGCUCCCGAAUUAUCCCUGUGGCAAUUCAACAUCCUGGAAGACCCCCUCUGUUUCUCCUAACAUGACUCAUCUGUUCCAGAAUCAAAAGUGGACAGCAGACAACCCGUCUCCUGCCUGCAAGUGCAGCACCCAAGAGAAGCUCACGAUGCUCCCAGAAUGCCCUGAGGGGGCAGGGGGGCCCCUUCCUCCUCAGAGAGUACAACGAAGCAUGGAAAUCCUACAGGACCUCACAAACAGGAAUAUCUCAGACUUCCUGGUAAAAACGUAUCCCACGCUUAUAAGAAGCAGUAUGAAAAGCAAAUAUUGGGUCAAUGAACAAAGGUAUGGAGGGAUUUCCAUUGGAGGAAAGCUCCCAGUCUUCUGUAUCACUGGGGAAGAGAUAGUUGGGUUUUUACAAGACCUUGGUCAACUUAUGAAUGUGAGCGGGGGCCCUGCCACUCAAGAGGCUGCGAAAGAAAUGUCCAACUUCCUUAAAUAUCUGGAAACUGAAAACAACAUUAAGGUGUGGUUCAACAACAAAGGUUGGCAUGCGAUGGUUGCCUUCCUCAAUGUGGCCAACAAUGCAAUCCUGAGAGCCAGCCUGCCCAAAGACAAGGACCCAGAGGACUUUGGAAUCACUCUCAUAAACCAGCCACUGAACCUCACCAAGGAGCAGCUCUCAGACAUCACAGUGCUGACCACCUCCGUCGAUGCCAUGGUGGCCAUCUGUGUGAUCUUUGCCAUGUCCUUCGUCCCAGCCAGCUUUGUGCUCUAUCUGAUCCAGGAGAGGGUGAGCAAAGCCAAGCACCUGCAGUUUGUCAGUGGGGUGAGCCCCACCACCUACUGGGUCACCAACUUCCUCUGGGACAUGGUCAAUUAUGCUGUGAGUGCUGGGAUAGUGGUGGGGAUCUUCGUUGGAUUUCAGAAGCGAGCAUACACGUCCCCAAGCAACCUCCCGGCCCUGAUUGCCCUGCUCUUCCUGUACGGAUGGGCCGUGACCCCGAUGAUGUACCCCGCCUCGCUGCUGUUUGACGUGCCCAGCACAGCUUACGUGGCCCUGUCCUGUGCCAACCUCUUCAUCGGGAUCAACAGCACCGCCCUCACGUUUGUCCUGGAGCUGUUCGAGAACAACAGGGCCUUGCUCACCUUCAGCGCCGUGCUAAGGAAGGUGCUGCUCAUUUUCCCUCACUUCUGCCUGGGCCGGGGGCUCAUUGACUUAGCCCUGAAUCAAGCAGUGACAGACGUCUAUGCUGCCUUUGGGGAGGAACAUUUUUUGGAUCCUUUCCAGUGGGACAUCGUUGGAAAGAACCUGGUUGCCAUGGCAGUGGAAGGGGGGGUCUAUUUCAUUUUGAACCUGCUCCUCCAGCACCACGUCUUCCUGGCCAGAUGGAUUGCUGACCCUGUAAAGCAACCCAUUGCUGAACCUACUAAGCAACUUAUGGCUGAUGAAGAUGAUGAUGUGGCUGAAGAAAGACAAAGAAUUCUUAGUGGAGGCAAUAAAACUGAUAUCUUGAGGCUAAAUGAGCUCACCAAGAUUUAUUCAGGCACCACAAGCCCAGCAGUGGACAGGCUGUGUGUCGGUGUUCGCCCAGGAGAGUGCUUCGGUCUCCUGGGAGUGAACGGUGCUGGUAAGACGACCACGUUCAAGAUGCUCACUGGGGACAUCCCAGUGACCUCAGGAGAUGCCGUCGUGGUAGGGAAGAGUGUUUUAACCCAAAUUUCUGAAGUCCACCAAAACAUGGGCUAUUGCCCUCAGUUCGAUGCUGUCGACGACCUGCUCACAGGUCGAGAACAUCUGUAUCUCUACGCCCGUCUCCGUGGUGUUCCUACAGAAGAUAUCAAAAGGGUAGCAAACUGGUGCAUUCGGAGCCUGGGUCUGUCUCCCUACGCAGACCGACUGGUAGGCAGCUACAGUGGGGGGAAUAAGCGGAAGCUUUCCACAGCCAUUGCUCUGAUUGGCUGCCCUCCUCUGGUGUUGCUGGAUGAGCCCACCACAGGGAUGGACCCGCAGGCCAGGCGACUGCUGUGGAACACCAUCGUGAGCAUCAUCCGGCAAGGGAGAGCCGUUGUGCUGACGUCACACAGCAUGGAAGAAUGUGAAGCUUUAUGUACCCGGCUGGCCAUCAUGGUGAAAGGAAGCUUCCAGUGCUUAGGUACCAUCCAACACCUCAAGUACAGAUAAGGAAACUGAGGCUCAAAGAGAUUAAAUUACCUUCCAUUGUUACCCAUGUGGUAAAUGGCCGAGCCAGGAUGAAAACCCAGGUCCAAGAAGCAGCUACACCCAGAGAAAGAACACUGGGAAAUGAAUAUAAACUGCUUGCAUUUUGUUUUUCUUCCCGGGUUAUUUAUACCUUCUGAGUUCAAUUCUCCCUGUACAACAAGAAAACUGUUCGGUUCUGCACACAUAUAUUGUAUCCAGGAUAUACUGCAACCCAUUCAACAUGUAAAGGACUGCUUGCCAUCUGGGGGAAGGGGUGGAGGGAGGGAGGGGAAAAAUCGGAACAGAAGUGAGUGCAAGGGAUAAUGCUGUAAAAAAUUACCCUGGCAUGGGUUCUACCAAUAAAAAGUUAUUAAAAAAAAAAAAAAGAAAACCCAGGUCCACAGGUUCAGAAAUCUUAAAUUAGAAGGGACAUCAGGAGCCAUUUAAUCCAUUUUACCAAUGAGGAGACUUAGUCCCAGCAGGGUUAAGGUAGAGGGACUUGGACAAAAUCACACAGGCAGUAAGUGUUCCACAUGAUGAUACACACUGAGGACUGGCCAGUGUCUAAAUAUCUCAGCUGGAUUUGAAGUCAGUCACCUCCAGCUGCCAAAGACUCAGUAGUCUGCCCCCUGCUCUUGGUGAGGAUAGAUGGGCAUUUGUCCUGAGCUGAAGGAAAAGCCCUCUCCCUCUUCUGGCAUCACCUUCUCUCCUGCACCUGCAUCCUAGGUUUGGGGAUGGCUACAUCGUCACCAUGAAGAUCAAGCCCCCCAAGGUGGGUCUGCUUCCAGACCUGAACCCUGCUGAGCAAUUCUUACAGGC